UUCACUCUUUUAUUCAAAGAUUAUUCCUUUGGUCAAAUAACAUCAACUGCAUCUGCUGUUAUACUUACAGCUCUGUUAAGUUGUAUAUAUAAAGCUUAAACUAAAUUAUCAAAUGUAUUUAGUAAAUCAGAUACCAACCUGUGAACAAAACAGUAGAGAAAUAGUAAAAAGUUUUAAAAAAAUGUCUGUAAGCCAGACAUAUUUCACCUUCAAAUGCUCAGUUCCACUGUCUUUAUCAACAUUUGAUAAUACUUCAAGAUCCAUAGAAAACUGCCCAAGUGCCAAGAUUGGCCCCACGGCCAGCUUUUGAACACCAGUGCUUUAAAAUUAGAAUCAGUAAACACUUAAUUAAUCUUAAGAGAAAAUAGAGAUGUGAGAGCUGCUCCUGCUAGGUGUUAGGUUUAUGAAAUACACAGAAAAUAUAAUAUGAUAAAGAUAAGAUUACUUUAUGUAUGUAUAUAAUUAAUGUAUAAUUUACAUAUUCAAGUCCAUUGUAAAUGUUUUCAGCUUUUAAAACAAGCUUUAUAAAAUUUGAAAAUUGACCAAAUAUGACUAACAAACUGCAAAGUGGUUGAAUAAGCCUUUAGUCUGUAGUUCAUAUUUUGUUAUUUCAUUUGUUUAUUUUUUUUUCAAACACCACCCACAUGUUCACUGACUUAACAAGAAGCACUGCUGACUAAACAAGUGCAGAGUGGGUUCAUAACCCACAUCUACUCAUGAAGACAGGCGGCUUCAGCCCUUUGUUAUUGUAAGUGAAAUAUUUCCAUUUGAAAGAGGAACAAAGCGCAGCAAUUAUGUUUGCGUUGCGCAGCAACCCGGAGUCCGUUUCCCUUCUAUAAAACAGGGCUGAUGUGAGUGGUGGACUUGGUGUCUCCGUUUCCAAACCUGCAUGUUCCAAACAACGGACUGAUGACAUUUCUCGCUUGAAAUCUUGAUAAUUCAUCUCAGAAACAUGUUGAAGACUCCGGGCAAGUCCAAGACCGGCACCAAGAUCCUCCUGGACGCUAUGUCCAAAGACAAAGUCCACCUGGCGAGGUUUGUUCUGGACGCGCUGGAUGGAGAAAUCGUUGAUUCCAAAACAGAGGGCGCACAGACGCCUCUCAUCUCAUCUGUGCUGCUUCCUGAAGGCCAUGUGCGCUGCAAGUUUGCAGAGCUGUUGCUGGAGAGAGGAGCCAGAGUCAACUGUCAGGACAGCGACGGGCGCACUGCACUCAGUCACGCGUGUGAAAACGGUUACCUGGAUGCUGUAAAGAUCCUGGUCCGAUACAACGCAGACCCGGAGAUCGUUGACUCCUGGGGGAACAGCGCCUUGAUGUACGCCGCAGUCACGGGUCACUCUGCCGUGGUGGAUUUUCUGGUGAGAGCAUUCAAGAGGCUGGGUCUCCAGAUAGACAGACAGAAUAAAGUUGGAAACUCUGCCGUGGGAGUGGCCAAAUAUCUCGGACACACAGACUGCAUCUCUGCGCUCAUCUCCAAGAAGAGCCGAGAGUUUGAGGAGGGCGCUGAGAGAAAUAUAGAGUCACGACUUUAUUUGAAUGUUAAAGAAAGAGGUGAAAAGGUCAGAGCUGGAGGCAAACUUCAAAUGUGUGAUCACCCCGAUUGCGCGUUGACUCCAAACUGCAGAAUAGAGCCAGGGUUUAAGCUGAAGCCAAUUAGGACUCCAUUAAUGGGCUCCAUGGAAGAGUCUGAAAGAGAGGACGACAGCUUAUCGCCUCAAGGUGAGCUGACUUUAUCGGGGUUAUUAACCCCCAACCUACCUUCUCCAGCUCCACACCAGCCUUCUAACGCUAAGAAACUCAGUGACAGGCUGAUGCAGUCUGAUUAUCGCCUCCCACCUCUGAAACACAACCCUGAGGCUCCAAAAUCAUUGUUCUUCUCACCUCAGCCUCACAGAAACCAGCUCAAAUCAUCCGUCCUGGGAAUUCUUCUGACUCCAGUCCUUUCCAAAAAGUCUAUUAAGAAACCAGAAACAGAAAAAUCUAAAUUUUUAGACUUCUGUGGUGGUCUUCGAUUUCACGACAGCUAUUACCAAAAAAGAUGCAGCCUUCCAACCAGUGUCCUCAGCCCCACACCACCAGAGCGCACUUUGAUGCCAUGUCGCAAGUUCAGGACGGUGAUGAGACGUGAAGCGUCUCCCUGUAAAGCCAAACUUCCUCAGUUGACCCAGACCAACUCAUCGAAGACCUUCUCAGUGCUGAGCAACAAGCUCUUGCGCCGAUACACUUCUCCGGAUAUUAAAAAAACCGACAAAGACUUGGAGGAAGGUCCAGUCAUGACUCCAGGGCGCAUACCGCGGUCUGAAACGUUUCCCCAGACCGCAAAACAUCCCCAGGUUGGCAGCAAGUCCAGCAUCGACAGUAUCAGCUCCGUUAAGUGCGAGUUUGAUUUGAAUUUUAAAAUGCUGAACAAUUAAAAUGCCAACAGCGCCGUGCGUAAAAGUGUUCCUCACGGAUCCACCAACUGUUUGAUGCGUUAAAGUAACAAAACACUUUGGUUUAAUCAACUGAACUGUAUUAUCUGUUAAAAUUAAUCACCUUUGUAUAAUCUAUGAUGUGUUGCCUUAGGUUAAAAAACUCUUCAACUGGAUUUGAACUACAAUACAGUACAGUUUGUCAGGGCGCAUUACUGCAGCCCCACGCCACGGCUGAAAGGUAAUGGAACUUCUUGUGUCAGUGUAAAUGCUUGACUCUACUUUAAGCCACUCCUUUUGGUGGGAGGUUACGUCAAAGGUGCAGGGGCAAAGCGGUUAUUAGACCAAUCGAACCGAUUCAAUGUACCGUGUCGCAAUGUUUGGUGUACCUUUGGGUCAUGUGUAAGUUUUUGUCCAAAAAUAAAAGUAGUUUGGCGUAAACAUGGUACUUUGUGUAUUUAUUGCCAACCAAGGAUUUUAAGUCAAAGCAGUUUUUCCCUCACUUUCCCUUCCAUCCACUGUUAGCUGCAGAAUUGUUGAGAGUGGGAGGGAAGGGAGUGAUGACGGCGUUUUCCCUCCAGACAUACAUCAUUUCAUUCUAUCCUACAGCUGCGACCAGAGAUGAAGAAUACAACACUGCGAAUGCGAGUAUCACAACAGACACGGAGUUUCUCUCUUUUUUAUUUGAUUGAUUAUUGAAGUUAUUAAUCUGAAGGAGUCCUGUCGUUCAGCUGUCAAAGAAUAAUAUUUUUUUUUAAAAAAGAGUUCGGUCCAGAUUCUCUGA